GCCCUUGGUCACAUCCGGUCGUAUAUAUGUUGCCACGAGUUAGCGGCGAAUUUGGAGAGUGUCCAUUUUGAGCAGCGAGUCGGCGUCUCCGGUAUUUUUCUCUUAAAUCUUUCAAAGAACCCACCGUUAGAAUGGCAGACGCUGAGAAUCUGCUCAUGGAGACAUCAGAGCAGAACGGUAACGAAGGAGAGGAAGACCAGAACGGAGCCGAGCAGGAGCUCAUGGGUGGCGAGGAUUGCCAGGACGGUCAGGAAGACCAGGACGUCCAGGAAGUCCAGGAAGGUCAGGACAACGGCACAGAUGGAGGCAAGAUUGACGCCAGCAAAGGAGAGGAGGACGCUGGUAAAAUGUUCGUGGGCGGCCUCAGCUGGGACACGAGUAAAAAAGACCUGAAGGAUUACUUCAGUAAGUUCGGUGAAGUGUCAGACUGCACCAUCAAGAUGGACUCCAACACUGGCAGAUCCCGAGGCUUUGGCUUUGUUCUCUUCAAAGACUCCUCCAGCGUGGACAAGGUGCUGGAGCAGAAGGAACACAGACUGGACGGACGUCAGAUUGACCCCAAGAGGGCGAUGGCCAUGAAGAAGGAGCCCGUCAAGAAGAUCUUUGUUGGCGGUUUGAACCCAGAAGCAACUGAGGAAACCAUCAGGGAAUAUUUCGGGGCCUUUGGAGAGAUUGAAACCAUUGAGCUUCCCAUUGACCCCAAAUCAAAGAAAAGGAGGGGUUUCAUCUUUAUCACAUACAAAGAUGAAGCCAGCGUCAAGAAGUGCCUGGAGAAGAAAUACCACAACAUCGAGGGCGGCAGGUGUGAGCUGAAGAUCGCUCAGCCAAAGGAGGUGUACCAGCAGCAGCAGUACGGAGCGGGACGUGGCGGUGGUUAUGGAGGCCGGGGAGGGAGAGGCCGUGGAGGUCAGAGCCAGGGCUGGAACCAGGGCUACGGAAACUACUGGAACCAGGGAUAUGGUAACCAAGGCUAUGGCUAUGGUGGAUACAGUGGCUAUGGCAACUAUGACUACUCUUCUGGUUACUAUGGAUAUGGUCCUGGAUAUGAUUACACAGACCAGGGCAGUGCCAGCUACGGGAAAACCCCGAGACGGGGUGCACACCAGACCGGCUACAAGCCAUACUGAUGAUCACAUGGACUCUGGUAAUCCAGUGAGACCGACAGCUGGACGGACAUACUGGUCCUGACUCAACCUCUUUUAUGACAGAAGACCAUUUGUACAGAAAACAAAAGAAAUGUAACUUUUCCAUGUUUUUUUUUUUUUUUUUUUUUUUUUUUUUUGUUUUGUUUUUUUAA